CAGCCGAGAUAAUCGGAAGGAUAACUUAAGUAACGAUUUUUGAAGGUUAUUUCGAUACUCCGGACUCCGGAUAAACUACUCAGGAUAAACCUAUUUCAAGCUACGUCUACAGGUCCACAAGAUAUUAACUGUCAACAAGAUGUCCAGGAGGAAUCCCGGGGACGAUUAUAGAAAAGGGUCAAGUGUCUACAGAGCCGAGGACAGAAGAGGGGAUGACAGGGAUAGGGACCGUUCGCCGAUUAGAUCCGAGGAGCAUUGUGAUUCAGAUGACUGCAAUCAAUCCGACACUAAGAAACAAAAGUUAACAUUUGGCUUCGGAAAGAAGACUGGCAAUGAACAGAAGAAAGGAAUUCAAAUUAAAUUAGGUUCUGCUUCUAAACCAGCUCCAAAAGCAACAACAGUACAAAAACCAACAGUGGCCUCUGUGUUUAAUACGGAUGAAGAUGAUGAACCAGAGGAGAUGCCGGCGGAAGCAAGGAUGAGGAUGCGAAAUAUCGGUCGUGAAACACCUACAUCAGCUGGGCCAAAUUCAUUCGGCAAAACAAAGCAAGGAUUCUGCGAUUCGAAAAAAAUAUUUGAAAAAACGCUGAAGAAGGCAAUGGAAGAAGCAAACAAAUGAUUUUUUUCAUUGCCAUUUAUAUCUAAAUAUAUAUACAUAUAUAGGUAUAUUCGUGAAUUAUUACUUGUACAUUAAUUUCACAUAAAUACUAAAAAUUUAUUCAUGCUAAAAUUAAAUACAUGUAUUUUUAUGAAAUGUAAUUAAUUCAUUAAUAGAAUUCAAAUUUAAAAUUUUACUUCAAGAUCUAGGGGAUAUUAGAUAGUCUAUAAACUAUUAUCUCUAUGCACAUUAUGUAUAAUAAAUCUAUAUUUAUAUUUACACAAUCUUAAAAUUUAUAUAUUCUGAAAAAUCUGACUU